AGUUGUUUUUAAUAUAGGACGUGGCUGCCGUCAGGGCGAUCCACUUUCACCGUAUAUAUUCAUUUUAUGUGUAGAAAUUUUAGCAAUUAAAAUUCGUAAUAAUAAAGAUAUUAAAGGCAUAGUUAUAGACAACACUGAAUUUAAACUUUCACAAUAUGCUGAUGAUAUAUCGCUUUUAUUAGAUGGGUCAGCUUAGUCAUUAAAUGCAUCUCUUUCAGAAUUGGCUAGAUAUGCCCAAUACUCUGGCCUUAAGGUAAACUUUGAUAAAACUCAAGUAAUUUGGAUAGGAAGAAAAAAUACUGCACUGAUACAAUCAAAAUAAAGUGGACAUUAGUGUGGGGUAAAUCUAAUUUUAAGCUGUUAGGAAUAAACUUUCAUGUGAACUUGGAUAAAUUGAUUGACACUAACUUUAAAGAUAAGAUUAGAAUUAUAGAAAACAAAAUAAAGAUAUGGAAACGAAGAUACUUAUCUCCACUAGGAAAGAUCCCUGUAAUUAAAUCUUUACUGAUCCCAAUAUUAACUCACCUAUUUAUCUCUCUACCCAACCCAAACAGUGCAAUUAUAGCACAAUCGAAUAGAUUAUUUUUUAAUUUUCUUUGGGAUGGUCCAGCAAAAAUAAAAAAUACGGUUAUUAUAAAACAAUAUUCAGAAGGAGGACUCAAUAUGUUUAAUUUUAAUAAAUUACUUAUUUUUGGCCAAAGUUAUUGUGAAACAACUAUAGACACACUUUCCAAUAAUUUCUGGAGGGACGUACUCCGGUCUUACUCAAAAUUAUUACAAGCAUAUGUGCCUCAAGGGGACUUAGACUUUCUUUCAAAUCCUUUAUUAUAUAACAAAAAUAUUAAAAUUGAUGGAAUCCCAAUUAAUUCCCAAUUUUGUUAUAAAAAUGGUUUAUUUUAUGUAAAUGACAUUAUAAAUCAAAAUGGAGUCAUAUACACACUAAAAGAAUUAGAAGAAAAACUUAACAUAAAGUUAAACUUUUUACAAUACAUCGAAUUUAAAGCAUCAUUAACUUAAUAUAAAUAAAAAAUUCCGAAGAUAACUGGAGUUACAAAACUAACAUAUCCUAUAAGACCAUUCAUAAUAAAUUUAUUUUUUAAAAGCACAAAAGGAUGUAGUGAUUUUUACAAUAUUCUUAAUAAAAAUAAUGAUGUACCAACAUCUAAAGGUGAAUGGGACAAUACUUACAAUAUAGAAAAUGAAACUUGGAAAGAGAUUUAUCAAUCCCCCUUUAAUCUCUCAGUAAGCUCAUUAUUACAAUGGUUUCAGUAUAGAAUAAACCACAGAAUUGUAUCCACUAAAUCAUAUUUAUAUAAGAUCAAAAUUAUUGAUAGUCCAUUAUGUACAUCAUGCAACCUAACAGUAGAUAAGACAAUUACUCAUAUGCUUUGGAGUUGCCCAGAAACUAAAAAAUUCCUUGAACAAAUAAAAUCAAUGCUUCACUCUAAAAAUAUCCAGUUUAACCUUUCUGAAGAAUUAUAUAUAUUUUAUAUUGGUAAACGAUAUAAUAUUGGAACUUUAAUCCUAGUUCUAGAAACAAAAUAUUAAAUCUUCUCUUCAAAAAGAUUAGGUAUACCUCUGUCUAUUAAAGCAUUUAAAAAUAGGAUUAGAUGGUCAUUUACUGCAUAUGAACAUAUUGCCAAAAAAACUAAUAGACUAGACACCUUUGAAAAAUAUUUGAAGCCAAUCUUGCAGGCAUGUGGGUAUAUACAUGAUAGCUUGCCUGAAACAUAACCAGACCAUGACAAUUAUCAUAUGAUAUUACAAAAUUUUACUAUUAUUCAUCAGUGUAAACAGGUGACCACACAGACUGCUUCUUCUCUUUCUUUUUUGGCUUCUAUUCUUCAUUACUUUCAGCCACCAAAACAUAUAUCGACUAAUGAUUAGAAUAUAUGAUCAAUUAUUAAAAUGUACAUAUUAUUUGCAUAAUUUGCAUAUAUAACAGUAUUAUGUAUAUAUAAUUGUAAGGUGCAGUAGGGGAUGAUUCCCCGACCCCUACUUCACCUAUUUACUGGGAGAAUAAAUGGGUCACCAUUAGGUGGCUGGAAAAAAGUAGAUGGAGCAGAAGCCGAAAAGCCGAUUCUUUCAAGUAAGUAUCUGAAUAUAUCAAAGAGCGCUAUAUUGUGUAAUUUCUCUGAUUGCAGAAAAUAUAAAUGUUUUUUGAUUGUAAGUCAGCAAUACAAGCAGACAAGAGAUGGUUUUUAUGUGUCUUUAGUUACAAUAUCAAUUCCAAAGUAAAAAAUCCCUGCACAUUUCCAUUAAAACAUGUAAAAAUGACGUCAUGACGACAUAUAAUUUAGCAUUAUACAGGUACUGAGAGAGUGCUAUUACAUUUGAUCUACUAUUUUAUAUAAAGUAGGUUUCAGAAUCGAAAUAAUAUUUUCAAAAUGCCGGAGGACAUACAUGUAUUACAGCAUUAUACCUGAAUUUAUAAAAUUUAAUGAUUUCAAAUUAAUUAUUAUUAGUAUAGCACUGUUAUAUUUUGUUGUGUGACAUAUGAUAGAUGACAAUCUGAUGCAUUUAACAAAAAUUCAAAAACAAAUUACCAGACGGUGUUGGACCUCAUGUUGAGACUAUAAACGAAACUUCAAGAAGACCCAGGUUGCAAAAAGACAAAACUUCAAUGAGUGCAGUUACACGCUCUUCGUCUAUGACGGUCACGAGGGAGAAAAGCGAACUGGAAAAAUCUCUACAAACACAGACCAAAGCAACAAGUAUAGGCCUGGAUCUGAAGUCGGAGAGGUCGUCAUCUUUACAUCAGAUCAAAGUUAAAUCCCAAAAUGAGGAGGGUGAAAAAGAACCAAGGCUUAAAGUUUUGGGUCUUAAUUUAUCAUGUUUGGUUUGUUGUCCAGAGAAGAAGGAUGAUGUUAAAACAAUGACAGUCGUCGAACCUGCAGAAAAGCCAUCAUCACCCUUAAAGGAGAAACCUGCAAAGGACGCGGUUAAAAAGGGCGCGAAAGUGAAAGGAGGCAAAGGAAAAGGAAAAGGAGGAAAAAGGAAAAGGUAAAGGAGGAAAAGACAAAGGAAAAUUCGAGAAAAGUGAAGAAAAGGAAGGUAAAGCUGAAGAGAAAGGAGUGACAGCAGAAGAAAAGGGAGAUAAAACGGAAAGAAAAGGAGGGAAAAAUAAAGAAGAAAAAGGAGUAGAUACAGGUGAGAAAGGCAAUGGAAUAGCAGAAGGAAAAGGAGGAGAAAAGGGAGGUAAAGCAGGAGGAAAAAAGGAAAGAAGGAGAAGAAAUCAAAAGAUCUACCGAAUGAUACAGCAAGGAGCGAUGACGUUAUAUUAACAGAAGGUAUAAAAUAUUAAAUUAAAUAGAGAUGUCAAUUACGACUUGAAAAUAAGUAAAUAGAUUACUAGUCAAUUUGAAUUCCAACUCUCUCAUGUAUCUGAUGUUGUUAAUAUUUGUAACUAUAGACAGAUAUAUCUGUUCCAAAGUAAUGAAAUCAAUUUGAACGCUGUGAAUUAUAGCCUGUAGUAGAUAUUUUCUUCAUAAACUCUUAAGCGAUCCGUCGUUGGAAUAAGUGUUGUUUUAUUUUCUUCGCCUUUCGGAUCAUGGAGUUAAUUCAACAUGUGUGUAAUAGAAAUUCCGCUUAAGUCGGAUUUUGUCGGCAUGAUAUGGGUGCCGUACUUUCACUUUCUAUGAACAGAUAAACAAACCGAGUCUGCUAUCUUUUUGUUUGGCUGCAUUCUUUGCUUCCAAGAUAUAUUCUUGUAGAUUUUAUAAAAUAAUAUAGGGUUAUUAUAAUAAUAGCUCGAUGUGGGAUGCUUUAUUCGGCUCGAGUAAAUUUUGCCAGAUCGGAUCUCACGAGGCGGGAAGAUCUACAAAUCUAUUACAUUUUAUGUUGAAUGGACUACAUGAUCCGAGAGUAGAAAAGACCCUUUUAUUAUAUACCUCCAUCUUUUUGUUUGUUGCUUGGUUACGAACGAAAAUUUUAAAUGUUUGUCGAUGUUAAAAUUGAAAUGAGUGACGUUUUUGUUUGCGCUAUUUAUAGAACCGUUUCAGGUCAAAUGAAAGUAGCCCGACUACAUUAAAUACAAAAGGUACAAUACGAAU